AUGUGGGAGCUAGAUCUGAGCCACUUUCUCAAGCCUCUCCGAUACCAGAAAGUUGCCUCCAUCGGCGACGAUGCCUUCGAUGAUAUGACCUCGAAUUCCUCACCACCGGGAUUACCGUUGGUCAAUGGCCAAAAGUCUGUCAAGCGCAAAAGCGCAAUGUAUGCACUAUGUCACCUUUUUCUAUCAUGCCUGUGCCUUAUUUUCUCUAUCUCCUUCUUAUUCUUUAAGUAUUACCACGAUUUAUCGGAUGAUACGUGCUUGCGGCAGUUGUCAGCUCCAAGUCCAGCGCUGGAGGCUGUCGAGCUUGAAUUGGUGACAUUCAAUGAUACCUUCCAGCCUGAUGAGUAUAGCGGCUACCCCUCUGCUACCUCAGAGAAAGCAUGGGCAGCAUUAUGGGACUGUGACCUCCAAACCAUCUACCAAGUAGAUGAAGCAAUGCUCAUUCAAAAAGUCGGCGCCUUCAGUGUACCCCUAGAAUCUCUCGCGGGGUUGAACAAGUCUUCAAUGACGGGUGAUUUCAGGUUAGUGGGCUCGGGGACGGGUGCGGGCGUCGGUGGUCUUUUAGAGGGGGCGCACCAGAUUCAUUGCUUGAAUCUUCUCCUCGCCCAUAUCCCAAGCUUCAGAGCAGAAAUGACCGUCAACGUCCUUACGACCAAUGCGGUUGACCUACAGCAGCUACUUGAAGAGAAAAAGACCACGAGUGCUUAUACUGUGGAAGAUUACUUGGCGCAAAUCCAUCGCUAUGAGUCUGCACUCCAUGCGCUGAUUUCACCUGCCCCUAAGAACCAGGUCCUCGAAAUCGCUAAGGCUCGGGAUGAGGAGCGCCAGAAAGGGCAAAUCCGGGGCCCAUUUCAUGGAAUUCCCAUAAUUUUGAAAGACAGCUUUGUCACAGCGUCGGAGCUUGGUAUGAGCACCACAGCUGGAUCAUAUGCGUUCAUUGGAGCUAAAGCGUCAAAGAACGGAGCUAUCACUCAGCGGCUGAUUGACGCUGGCAUGGUUAUCUUGGGAAAGGCUAAUAUGACUGAAUUCGCUGGUAUGAAAAUGACCAUGAUGAUGCCCGGUUGGUCUGCUCACGGCGGUCAAACUCUGUCGCCGUAUGUUGGGAAGAUAAAGGAUAACGAGAAGAUACUUGGCCACUCGCCGGCUCCUGGGGGCUCAUCCACUGGUUCUGCGGUCGCUGUAGCCGCUGGAUUCAGCCCUCUUGCCAUGGCCACUGAGACCAUAGGUUCUAUCGUGACCCCAUCAACACGGGCCGGUCUUUAUGCACUGAAGCCUACUACCGGGGUCCAGGAUAUUACUGGGUUAUACACCAUGACCGAGUUUUUCGACAGUCCGGGGCCUAUGGCAAAGUCAGCAGCUGACGUUCGCGUUCUUUCUGAAAUUCUACUUGGUCGCCUGUUUACCUCCCCCCAAUUGGGUUCCUGGGAAGGUCUUUCGGUGGGCUUCCUGGACCCAAGUAUUUGGAGCUUAUCACUAGACCUUUGUACGCAAUUUGAAGGUACAGCUGAGCAAAUGGUAGACGAGUACGAAGAGACGGUUUCCGCUCUACGAAGCGGAGGCUGUCCUCUGAAAUACCCCAUCCAUUGCAAGGAUCCCUCAGUCUUACCGACUACUAUAUUGCCAAUCGCAUAUUGGGAUUUUAGGAAUCUCUGCAUCCCGAGAUUUAUUCGCUCUUUUGACGAGUGCUCUGUAACAAGCGUUGCAGAUAUCAUCGAGUUCAAUGAAAAGAACAGCGACAAAGCCCUUCCAGCUCCAUUCGUCGAGCAGAAUGAUCUGGAAGGGGCAAUGAUCGCCACUGAAGAAAAGGAACAAAUAGACGAACUGAAACAGGACCUUCGCACGGCUGCGAGAGCUAUUCUGGAUGAACUGUUUAACAAAGAAGAAAUCAAUAUCCUGGUAGCUCCGGGAGACUCCCCGUUAUGUGUUCAUGCUUCUGCUGCAGGGUAUCCUAUCGCCACAGUUCCAAUAGGACAACUUCGCUACAAUGGCCGGCCGUUCGGUUUAUGUCUGUUGGCCAGAGCGAAUGAGGAAGAGACACUAUUGCGGUUCAUGGCAGUGUACGAAAAAGUUGCUAAGCCUCGUCCGAUUCCUAAAUUUUGA